CACAACAGUGCUGCUGCUGAUCUGUGUUCAAAGAAUGAGUUGUGCCCAACCAAUGACAGGUUACUACCAGGAAGUCACUCUUAUUAAAGGAGCCGCAGACUUGCAUUUGAAACACAGAUUCAUCUCUUCACAAGGUGUUGCUGUAUCCCCCGCUCGCGUUCAUGGAUUGCCCACAGCAGCUGGCCGGGGGAAGCAAGGCCGUGGUACCGAGCGGGGCCGGACCGGGUAGGGUCCCCGGCUCUGCCGGCGGAGAAGCGGGCGUCUGGAUGAACGGGCACCCGGGACCAGCGGCGGCGGCGGCGGCAGCGGCGGCUCCCUGGAAAGAAGAGCGGACUCGCAGCAUUGAGGACAAUCAGAUGAACCUGCCCAGCCUGCAAGCCGCUUACUCGGCUAUCCUGAGAGGAUUGGGCGAGGAUCCGGACAGGCAGGGGCUGCUGCGGACGCCGUGGAGAGCGGCCACCGCCAUGCAGUUCUUCACCAAGGGCUACCAGGAAAAUAUCUCGGAUAUUGUAAACAAUGCCAUAUUUGAUGAGGACCAUGAUGAGAUGGUAAUAGUCAAGGACAUUGACAUGUUUUCCAUGUGCGAACACCAUUUAGUCCCAUUUAUUGGAAAGGUUUCAAUUGGUUAUAUACCAAACAGAAAAGUUGUAGGAGUGAGCAAGUUAGCCAGAAUUGUUGAGAUUUACAGUAGGAGACUUCAGGUCCAAGAGCGUCUCACCAAACAGAUUGCUGUUGCAAUCACAGAAGCUUUGCAGCCUGCAGGAGUAGGAGUUGUAGUUGAAGCAACGCACAUGUGCAUGGUGAUGAGGGGAGUACAAAAGAUAAACAGUAAAACGGUAACCAGCACGAUGUUAGGUGUUUUUCGAGAGGACCCAAAGACCAGAGAAGAGUUUCUGACUCUUAUCAGGAAUUGAAAUUCACAUCCUCAAUCGAACUUAAUUAAAUAUUUUGGAUGUUUAUAGAUGUUCGGUAAAUGCUUUGUAUUGUAAGAGGUCUAAAUGUGGGAUUCAGAUGUUCUUUUAAUCACAUUCAUUGAAUAAUGUACCUGUAUCAAAAACUCGAAUCGAUAACAUUUUAGUUUUAUAACUAAGACUUUCAAAAACAAAACAGCUUUGCAUCUGAUGCAAUUAAAUAAAGAUUUAUAACUGUAAUUCUAGUUUAACAAUUUUAAAUAGUUUAUCCUGCCAUAUAUAAUAAUCCAAUGGACAAAUAAUCACAAGUACAAACUAGAAGAUAAACACAAAAUGCUGGAUUAAUGAAUGGGUGAUGUUUCGGGGCGAGACCCUUCAGAUGUUUGGAUAAGGGUCUCGAUCCAAAACGUCACCUAUUCCUUCUCUCCAUAAUUGCUGCCUGAGUUACUCCAGCAUUUUGUGUUUAUAUUCGGUGUAAACCAGCAUCUGCAGUUCAUUCCUACACGAGUACAAACUAAAUAUGUUAAAUGUAUUCAACAUCAGUUAAUCCUUUCUUCCCUGCACAAUUCACAUACCUUUUCUUUGGUCCUAUGAGAAUUUUUAAACACUGGAAUAAGAUUGCCUCUUAUUCUACUCAUCCCCACUGAAUAUAGUCCAAGCCAUUUGUCCUCAGCAACAACCCUUUCAUCCCAGGAAUCUACCUUAUUUUCAAUACCACUCUCUAUUAUACAUCUUUCCAAGAGUAGGGACCAAAAUGCUACUCCAAAUGUACUUUUUCCAAAGCCCUAUCCAAUUUAUAUCAGAAUUCCUUAAAUCUGUACUCCAACCUCAAUAUCCUUAAUUACACUCUUGCAAUAAAGUCUAUCAUUCCUAUUCCUUACUCCAUUGCAAGCCGACCCUGAGGACAAAUGAUAGCCUUGAACAGCACGUUGAUAAAGUAACAUGCGAUGGACUGGACAAUGUUUUCAAUAUCCUCAAUGAGAUCACGGUUAGAAAAAGGGGUUGUGAUCGGUGGAAAAAAGAGAAUAUCUUCUUUGAGAGAGGGAAGAGAUAAAAAUGGGGAAGGUACAGUUGACUUGGAGAAAAAAAAAACAAGAAAUGGUGGACGAUGAUCUGUUAUUAACAUUGAGAGAUUUAACUUUGCCAUCUACCAUAAUGUGAAUAAGAACAUGGAUGACCAAAAUUCAAGAAAAUUGAGAUAUUUAAAUAAUUACAAAUUUCCUGUUUUGAUCUAAGGACCAACCAGACAAGGCAAUUUAGUUUGCAAGGCAAUUCUAAUGAAGCAUAUUUAUCUUGCAGUAAUUAAAUGUGAUAUUCUGAACAAGGCACAACAGAAGCAAUCAUACAAAUUUGGGUUAUGAAAUCACAUGUUAAGGAUAUUAACAAGCUUAAUGAAAUAGAAUGAAAUUAUUUUGAUGCCUGGCUUUAAUGGUAGUGCUAAACAUUUUAAAAUAUUGAUCAUGCCUCUUAAAAAGCAGGAAAAAUAUAGAAAUACAUUAAGCAGAUGUAUAUAUUAAGAUUCCAAAUCCAUAUGAUAAUGAAGACUUUAAAUGCUAUUUAUAAAACAGGAAAAUUAUGUCAAAGUAUAAAGAUGAACAUUUUAUCAGUAUAAUUUAAAACCAAAUACUUGCAAAUCAACUUUUUGAUUAUAGUUAUUUUUAAUAUACAAACUAUACUUGAGCAUAAACUAAUUUCUUGGAGUCAGAGUACAAUACUGUGUAAGCGUGAGUGUAUCAUUGGAUAAUUAGCAUUUAUGUAAAAAAUAUAUUACUUUUUAAAAUGGAUCCAAUUCAUUAUUAAGCUAUGAAGAAAAAUUGUCAAUUUAGGAACCAAUUAAUUGAAGUAUAUUUAUACAAUGAGGAAGGUCUAAAAUGAGUUGUGAUGGUCAUUUUUCUCUUUUAGGCCGUUGAAUCUUUUUUUAACAAAAAAUAAUAAUCUGUAGGUAGCAGCAUGUUAAUUCAGUUUCAAGGUUGAACAUUGGGUUCAGGAUUUCAUUCAAUUAAAUAGUUGGUCGCUAUUCUAUUUCUAUUAAACCAGUUUUGAAAGUGGAUCGGAUCUAUAUUUGAUUCCGGCCAGAAGCUAGCAGGAAUUUGGUUAAUCUACUAAAAACUCUGUGUCAUUGACCAAGAUGACAUUGAUUGCACAAACUUUGUACAAUCAUUAGUUUUUUUGUUGUAAAUUACUAAUACAAGACUUUAAGUGCAUUAUUCUCUGUAAUAUGAAUUAAUAAAUCUUUGAAGCUUGUGCUCCAAAAAUAAUGAUUAUUGCACUGUUGACAAUGUUCUCACAUUCCAAUUCUAUGACAUUCCAGGACUACUGUACUCUAAUGAAUAAUUGCUGAAGUGAUAUUGUGCAGUUUUGUACAAGGAACAUUAAAUGUCACUACUUGACCAGUUUUGCUGUAACAGUUACCUUCACAGUAUUCAAGUUUACUGUGAACUCAUUCACGCACGUGAAGUUCUACACUCACACACUAUUAUUCUGAGUAUCCUUGUGAGAUGUAUUAGCCGAGAGUUUUAUCGCACAAACAUGUGGCCUUGGACUCUGUUGUAUGCUCAGCGGCAAAUAGAGUUGUUUGCUUUAAUGAUGGAUAUUGUACUUGUGCUGUCGUUUUACUGAAUUGAGACACUGUAAUAUUCACAUCUAAUGAAUGUCUUGUAUAUUAAUUUAUAUUGGUUAUCAAUUUAUAUCCACUAAAUUAUACUUAAACUUUAA